UGUAAGGGCUUGACUAUCGUUUGUUUUCCUUACAGAUCCUUGGUGAUGGGCUUAUAAAUCAUUUCCCAAUGCUUAUAAAUCAAUUCCCUAAGAUGUACAGGGAUGAUCUGAAGAAUUUAGUACUGAAAAUGGUUGUUGAGAAUGUAGACCCCACUACAUUCUUAGAUGAAAUCCAUAAGAAACGUCAACAACAGGUGAUUGAACUGUCCGACAGUGAUGAGGAAGUUCUUCAACUUUCAUCCAAUGUGGACAGUGGCUACCAACCUUCAACUGGUGUGGGAAGUGGAUACCAACCUUCCACUGGUGUGGGAAGUGGCUACCAACCUUUAACCGGUGUGGGAAGUGGAUACCAACCUUCCACUGGUGUGGGAAGAGUCUACCAACCUUCAGCUGGUGUGGGAAGUGGAUACCAACCUUCCACUGGUGUGGGAAGUGGAUACCAACCUUCCACUGGUGUGGGAAGUGGAUACCAACCUUCCACUGGUGUGGGAAGUGGAUACCAACCUUCCACUGGUGUGGGAAGUGGAUACCAACCUUCCACUGGUGUGGGAAGAGUCUACCAACCUUCAGCUGGUGUGGGAAGUGGAUACCAACCUUCAGCUGGUGUGGGAAGUGGAUACCAACCUUCCACUGGUGUGGGAAGUGGAUACCAACCUUCCACUGGUGUGGGAAGUGGAUACCAACCUUCCACUGGUGUGGGAAGUGGAUACCAACCUUCCACUGGUGUGGGAAGUGGAUACCAACCUUCCACCGGUGUGGGAAGUGGAUACCAACCUUCCACUGGUGUGGGAAGUGGAUACCAACCUUCCACUGGUGUGGGAAGUGGAUACCAACCUUCAGCUGGUGUGGGAAGUGGCUACCAACCUUCCACUGGUGUGGGAAGUGGAUACCAACCUUCCACUGGUGUGGGAAGUGGAUACCAACCUUCCACUGGUGUGGGAAGUGGAUACCAACCUUCCACUGGUGUGGGAAGUGGAUACCAACCUUCCACUGGUGUGGGAAGAGUCUACCAACCUUCAGCUGGUGUGGGAAGUGGAUACCAACCUUCAGCUGGUGUGGGAAGUGGAUACCAACCUUCCACUGGUGUGGGAAGUGGAUACCAACCUUCCACUGGUGUGGGAAGUGGAUACCAACCUUCCACUGGUGUGGGAAGUGGAUACCAACCUUCCACUGGUGUGGGAAGUGGAUACCAACCUUCCACCGGUGUGGGAAGUGGAUACCAACCUUCCACUGGUGUGGGAAGUGGAUACCAACCUUCAGCUGGUGUGGGAAGUGGCUACCAACCUUUAACCGGUGUGGCAAGCAGCUACUCACAUUCAACUGGUGUGGACGCCAGCUACCAACCUUCAGCUGGUGUGGACGUCAGCUACUCACCUUCAACUGAUGUUGGAAGAGGCUACCCACCUUCAACUGGUGUGGGAAGUGGAUACCCACCUUCAACUGGUAUUGACGUCAGCUACCCACCUUCAACUGGUGGGGAUACUGCAAACCCACCAAUGUCUGUAUACACCGAGCAUCAGGCGCCAUUUCAAAAGGGGAAAGAUAUCACCUUUUUAGAAAUUUCAAAGGAUCUACGUAUCAUCACUCCACCCUCCAAUAGAAGUGAUGCAAGCGUCCUCAGUCAAUCAUUGUCUGGUUACGGAGGCACAGUAGGCUUCAACAGCGACCGUCCAGACAAUGUCAUUGUGGUGAAUCCUGGAGCAAGCUUGUAUGAAGAACCUGAAAAGGUUGAAGUUGUAUCGUUGAAAAAAAAGCAGCAGGCUGACCCAGAGACAUUAGCCAAACUUAAGUCUCGGCUUGUCGGGAAAAAAAGUACAAGAGAAAAACCAUAUAAACGGCCUCAAAUACAGUUUACCAAUCUGCCAAACUUUGACAAGAUCGAAAAAUAAGGAACAAAUCUAGCCACUUCCAACUCUGUUAAUGCAAUUUCUCUUCAGCAUAUUCAGUAGAGAGUUACUCUAGUAAACCAGAGGUCCCGGGUUUGAUCCCCACUGGACACAUCGACACAUUGACACAUUAAAAAAACUUCUUGUUGUUUAAAAGGUAUAGAUAUGAUAUAUGGAUAUGAUUGUUAUGCCCCCGCCUUGAAAUAGGGGGCAUAUAAUGUUACCAUGUCUGUAUCCACGUGUCGCGUCCCAUCUCAUCGUGUCCCGUGCCGUCCCUAUAUGCAAUGUAACUAGCUAAUCUCACGAACUGCUGAUGUGAUCCUCACCAAACUCUGGAAUGUGGAAUAGUGAGAUUUGUAUCGCUUGAGAUGCCUUGUUAAACUUUUUGUGUCACUUUUAACAUUGUUACUCCAUCUAUUCUGGUAAUAGAUGUUAAAAAAAAUCAUAGCAUUGUGUAUUUAAAAUAUGAUAUCAAAGGCUCUGCUGAUUGUGUACUCUGCUUUAAGCUUUUAAAAUAAAUUAAUGUGUGUAAACA